UUCUAGAAAUAUUGCUCAAAUGCUUCAAGCAAAAGGUGAAACUAUACAUCGCAUAGCUGUUGCUCCUACUGAUGAUGAAUCAACAUUGAAAGAAGUAGAAGUAGAAGAAGAAACAAAAACAUUACCAUUGAGUGAUGGUAAAAUAACUACAUCAUAA